CUUAGACUGUUGUUUUCGCGCAUUAUCUUUCACGCAAACUUUGGAUUUGGUUGUUUUGCCCUACCUCUCCAGGAAGAUGUCGCUUUCUCCAGCAAGUGUGGUGGACGUGUCAGGGUCGGUUGUGACCCUGGCUGUGAUAUCCGACACUCACGGAAAAACCGGACGACUGUGGUUCCAGGAGACAGCUGACGGCACGAGGAUAAAGCCUGUUGUGCGGUACGAUCACAAAGGGAAGCCUUUGCCUAGAAAGCUGGUCGACGAAGAUUCGAGUGGCAAAAUGUCUGAAAAGGUCGUGGACGUGGACGGUGGUCCCGAGGGAAAGUUCGAGACGCCAGAGGGCGAAAGUGGUGCCUCAAAAUCCAGAAAGGUCGUUAUCCCCUACGCAGACAUUUUCGUCCAUUGUGGCGAUUUUUCUAUGCGUGGCGCAGAGUCCGAAAUAGCGGAGUUCAUACAAUUCCUACGCCAACUUCCACACGCACACAAAAUCGUGACACCCGGAAACCAUGAUGCGAUCUUGGAUACAGAAUUCUUUAGUUCGUUCUGCGAACAGAAGAAAUGCUCAGACUCGACGACCUCAGAUAGAGGUAGAGAAAGUCUCAACUUGUCCUCGAGAACGAAAGAUUCAAACCAGAGUGUUGCGAAAGUGGCGAAAGGUUUGACACGGGAAGCCGCGAAGAAAUUGUCAUUGUUAUGAUUGUGGACCAAACACAGCUUAUAAGAUUUACUUUGUCAUGCCCAGAAAUAGGCUUAUCUCGAUACUGCCUAGAGAGUGACGAUGUACGGAGAAUGAAAAUAUACUGAUUACUACAGAUCACACCUUCAAAAAUGCAGAGGAAGAAGAAAAGAGGACUGACAAGGAGGAGGAAAAAAGAAAAGCCUGCUGAUUAAUUUCUUCUUUACCCCACGAAUGGGCACACUGCUACUACUACUUGGUGUUCUCCUUCUCAAACCAGUAGAAGAAUUUUGCUGAGGUGGAUGUGAGUUGUGCCCAUUUAUAUUAUUGAAUAAAUCGUUCUGUUUUUAGGAUUAAGAUUCUUCUCUUAGACCGCGCAUUCUUUUCACUUUCUAAUCUCACGUUUGAAGAAAGAGCUGCGCAGCGUCUGUACCUAUUUGGACGAAGAGAUGCUGGAGUUGGAUGUAAAGGGCAUCGAUUCUGACGCCAACUAUCGUCUUAGAGUUUUCGGGUCUCCCAUACAGCCUCACCCGUGGACCCGAAAAACGCUUGGAGAAGAGGUUGGAGGAUCAUGUGGAAAUGUUGUCGAAGCUGAAACUACUACACCGAAGAAUGGAAUUGAGUGGGCCUUUGGUCGUAACCGUGGAUCGGAGAUUGCUGAAAAUUGGGCACGGAUUCCCCGUGAGACCGAUAUCUUAAUCACGCACGGCCCGCCGUUUGGGCGUCACGACAGGGUAGAGCUGUUGGGUGAGACGAAAGAGCAUGCACUUUUUCACUCAGGCUGUGCCGACUUGUUAACCGAGGUGGAAAAUCGUGUAAGGCCUUUGGUGCACCUUUUCGGACACGUGCAUGAGGAUCCAGGGUGGUCGUAUAAUGCAAACGGCAGUACUUUGUUUUUGAACGCUGCCGUUCUGGACAGAAGCUAUAAUUUGAGGACCACGGUAAUUGAAGAGCAACAGGAAGACUUGGAGAGAAGGAAACGGCCUUGGGUUGAGACACGGCUCAUUCAGGCUGGCCAGGAGACGCGUAAUGAAGACAGCAGCAGCACGUCUAGCACAGCAGACUUGGUCUUCACGCCCUUGCUGAGCAUUCCAAUAGAAUGUUUACAGAAACACUGAAGAUGUGAUAUUAAAGUUAUCGUGUAAUUAAUGAAUUGCAGUUCUGGGUCCGGUUCGAAUUUUGCGUUUUCUUGUACUACUAUACCGAUGAUUUCUCUGACUAGUUUUCUUCAGAGAAGGUUUUUUAAAGGAC